AUGGUGUAUCCGUUUGAAAGAUCUAUGAAAGUGCUAAAGGGGUAUGUUCAGAAUCGUACUCGUCCCGAAGGUUGCAUUGCUGAGCGUACAGUUGGAGUGCCUUCAAGCCAAAAGAUGGGAGUUUCAAAGCCAUUAUCAGGUUGCACAGUGAGCGUAUUUGAUCGGGACCUGUUGAACCCCAGCACAUCUAUAUGUCUUGGAGAAUACGGAGGAAGUCCUCCUUAUAUCGAGCAACAUAUGAUCCACAUCCAGACCGCUUAUCCAAAAUUUAGAAAGAGAACAAAGUGGCUGCAGGAUAAGCACAAUAGCACUUUCAUUCAAUGGCUACGCUUCAAGGUUCAAAGUGAACUUAAUGAGGAAGACAAUCAUGGCGUAUCAGAAAAUUUAAGGUGGCUAGCAGCUGGUCCAAACAUGGCAGUGCCAUUAUAUAGGAGCUAUCUCAUUAAAGGUAUUAAAUUCAACAUCAAGGCACAAGAUGAUGUGCGGACAACUCAAAAUAGUGGAGUUUAUUUACUUGCACAUACUAUGCAAGUUGCUAGUGCCAAGGAUAAAAACCCAAUUCUCUCAAAUAUGGGUUUCUAUGGUGUCAUUCAAGAAAUUUGGGACCUUGACUACCAAAAGUUUACAAUCCCAGUCUUUAGGUGUGAUUGGAUUGAUAAUACUUCUGGUCUUGUAGUGGACGAACUUGGAUUUACCCUUGUAGAUUUGAGUAAAAUUGGACAUAGGAAUGACCAAUUUGUUUUGGCUUCUCAAGUCAAACAAGUAUUUUUUGUUGACGACCCGAUGCAUCGUGGUUGGUCGGUAGUGUUAUCAAUGCCUAAUAGAGAAUAUAAUGAUGUUAUUGGUGAUGAUGUCUUAGGUGAUGUGAGAAUUGAGUGUGAGCCAUUUACUAGAGGGGAUGCCAAAUGUUGA